AUGUUAGUGGUUGUAACAUUAUUGUAUGUGAUGUUAGUAGUGGUUGUUUAUUGUAAUGUGAUGUUAGUGGUUGUAAUGUUAUUGUAUGUGAUGUUAGUGGUUGUAACAUUAUUGUAUGUGAUGUUAGUGGUUGUAACAUUAUUGUAUGUGAUGUUAGUGGUUGUAAUGUUAUUGUAUGUGAUGUUAGUGGUUGUAAUGUUAUUGUAUGUGAUGUUAGUGGUUGUAACAUUAUUGUAUGUGAUGUUAGUGGUUGUAACAUUAUUGUAUGUGAUGUUAGUGGUUGUUUGUGUUUAUUGUAUGUGA